AUGUUCAUAGAAUUAUUCUUUUCUAGCCGUGUGUAUUUUGCCGACUCCAAGCUGGAUUACAUUGAAUUUGUUGACUAUGAUGGAAAAGGCCGUGUUCAAGUUCUUGCCUCGACCAAGCUUAUACAACAUCCUCAUGCAAUGUCUAUAUUCGAAGACCAUAUUUACUAUAGCGAUCGUCGACUUCAACGGCUUCAGCUUUAUCCCAAAUAUCCGAAUGGAACGAGUCGGGAAUAUCCUUCACAUUCCUUCUCCAAGGCUUUGGGUGUUAUAGCUAUUCAUCCAGUUUUGCAACCACAAAUAAAAGAAAACCCAUGUUCUACAUCCGGGUGCUCCCAUAUUUGUGCAUUGGGUGCUAAUGGUACAUUCACAUGCCUCUGUCCAAGUGGUCAUGUCAUUGAAGAAGGUGGAGGUGGACGACAAUGUGUACUUGAUAAACGGCCAUUUAUGCUAUUGGUUCACAAAUCAAUGGUCAUUGGAGCAGCCCUAAACAAUGAGGGAGAAAGUUCAAAUAAAAAACAUUUGCCACAUGAAAUUGGAGGAAUUGUGCCAAUCAGCGGGCUUAGGAAUACUGACGAUGCUGAAUACGACCCUUUGACCAACGAACUUUUCUAUCUAGAACAUGGUGCACCUGUGCUUUUAAUGACAGCAACUCUCAUGUCAAGCUCAAUGAUCCAUAAAACAAGCCUAACGAGCAACAACCGCUCUCUUAUUCUCGCUAAUCAACCGCCUGAUGAUCCUUCUUGUAUGGCUUAUGAUUGGAAUGGUCGAAACAUUUAUGUCGGCAAAAAACAUUCACAGACAAUUGAAGUUGUUCGAACACAGGGAGAACAAUUCCACGCCGUCAUUUUGCACAACGAUCAGUCACCGACCGCCGUUUCGAAUCCAGUUGCUAUUGCUGUUGAUUCUGACCGCGGGUUACUAUUUUGGUUGGAUCAAGGCAAGGGAGGUGUUUCCACUAAAUUAGCUGGUGCAGACUUGGAUGGAAACAACCCUUUAGUUCUGGUUAGCACUGACCUUGCUGAAUUGGAUCAUCUUGCGCUGGAUACUGUAAAUCGACGAAUUUAUUUUACUGAGGCUAAAGCUGGAAGGAUUACGAGUGUCUCUUAUAGCGGACAAGACAAACGCUACAUUCUUAAUGAUGCUGCAAAGCAACCACGAGCUAUCGCAUUCUUCCACAAUCACAUCUAUUAUGCUGAUACAGCAUUCGAUAAAAUUAUGGUGGGUGAUGUGGACACUGGAAGUGGGGACGAUCAACCACCUGAGUUUACUGAAUUUAGAGCAAAUGUUGAGCAUUUAACUAAUAUGCAUGUUGUCCACCCAGCAAAUACUCGAGAAUCUCAUCCUUGUCAUAACAAUAAUGGAAAUUGUGAGCAACUCUGUAUCCCUCGAGGCCAGCAAAAUAAGUUUACAUGUAUUUGUGGAACUGGUUUUGCUGUGGAUGAGGAGACUAACAAAUGUAAACUCUUCGCGGAAUCAUUCCUCAUAAUUGCUGGGAAAAAUUACAUCAAGUCUAUUCCAACGGAUCCACUUCGUUCUAAGGUCACUGCCUUCGAUCCAUUGGCUGGAACUACCAUAACAAGCCUUGACUUCCACUACGAUUCAAAAUCCAUCUUUUGGGUAGAUGCGGCUGGACUAAAUAAAGGCAUUUCUCGGCUUGUUUUGGGUGAAUCUGAAAGUCGAUUGAUCAUAAAAAAUAAUUUUGGCGGUUUUACAAUUAAAAGUGUUGCAGUCGAUUGGGUUAAUUCCAACCUCUACUUUGUGAACGCCGACUCGGAUCGAUCAAACAUUGAAGUGGCUCAGCUUAAUGGAGAAAAUCGCAAGAUUUUGUUAACAACUCGAACUGAAACUCCUACUUCUUUAGCUAUAGACCCGAUUGCUCGUUACAUCUAUUGGGCUGAUCAGGGUCAAACUCCAACCAUCCAAAGAGCAUGGCUAGAUGGGACUCACAAACAAGUAAUAGUCCAUACUGAGCUAAAAGAACCGACUGAUUUGAUCGUCGAUCCGAAUAGCCAUUACUUAUAUUGGACUGAUGCUGGUAUGGAUGGAAUUUUCCGGGUAAACCCUAUGGCUCUUCACACCACGGAUGGAAACAGUGAAUUGAAGCCGGAAUUGGUUCGCUCAGACAUUGCAGAAGCAACUGGAAUUGCAAUUGUCGGCCAAAAUAUGUAUUGGACGGACCGACGACUUGAAAAAGUUUUUGCCUCAACAAGCAAACCAAACCAAAGUUCACUUCUACUUUCUCCAAGUACAAUGAUUGGCGAUUUACCAGAACUUUCGGAUUUGUCUGCUUUCGAUCCCCUUGCCCAACCAAAAUCAAACUCGCCAUGCCACAUAAGUGAAAGCUUGCGAAAGUCACCCUUUGCUUCGCACUUCCAGGCUCGUCAUCUCCAAAUUGUGCAUGCGCUAAAGGUGUUCCGAAAGGGCGAAUUUGUGAAGGCUAAACCCGAUUCUUUCCUUAUGUUCAUUGAUGGUGACAGAAUUGUAGAUGCAACUCUUGUUCCAGACAUUAAAGCUUCAUCUCCACUGCGUGACGCUUUCCCACCUAUGCCAAACAUUCAACAAUUUGAUGUUGACGUAAAUUUGCGUCGUAUUUUCUUUGUCACCGAAUCACCUAGUGGAGCAAACAUUAGUUGGUUCUCAAUAAGUCAGCCGAAACAACUCAGACAAAUAAUUAAUGCUGAGCGUCUACGAACACCUGAACUUAAGGAAGCAAAUCGGCAUAUAUCUGAUAUGCGUUUGGAUUGGUUUACACAAAAGGUCUAUUGGACAACUGGAAGAAGCGGCAAAGUUUACGCUUACGAUAUUAACGGCAAUCACAUUAUGACAAUUGCUACCGGGGACUGGACAUAUGCUAUGGCUUUGGAUCCUUGUUCAGGACUACUUUUUUGGUCUGACAGUGGUUACAAAGUGUCAGGGGGUUCUUAUGAACCCAGGAUUGAACGGGCAAAUAUGGCUGGUGGUCAACGUCGUGUUUUGGUUCGCGAGGAUUUAAGUCUUGCCGCAACAUUGGCUGUAGACUCACGCGAGCAGAGGCUAUAUUGGGCUGAUGUGAACCGCUUGAGCAUUGAAUCAAUCGACUACGAUGGAAACAACCGACGCUUGAUUGGAAUUGGUUUUCGGGCAAAAUCUUUGGAUAUCUGGCAGAAUUGGCUUUAUAUGAAAUGUUGUGGCAGACCAUCGAAGGCAAAUAAAAUAUUUUUAUUUACAAAAUUAAUAAGUUAUUGCAGCCCUGGAACACUCCGAGUUUUUGCCUCUGAGGCAGAUAUUCGAACAAGAAAUCAAUGGUGUAGCGAAAGAACCGCCCAUGCUUGCGCGAAAAACAAUGGAGGCUGUGAGCAGAUAUGUCACGUUGUGGCUGCUGACGAUCUUGAACUUGGUGGUGGAGCAGGAGGAACUAUAUCCGCACAUCGUGUUCAAUGUGCUUGUAACGAUACAUUCCAUAUAGUAAAACAGCCUGGUGAGGACAUAGCCACUCAAUGCGCACCAAAUGACGCAGCUUCUGGAACAAAAUCUGGUGGGAGCUGCGAAGGCCCUUAUAAUUUUCAAUGUGUUGGUGAUGGUAGUUGCAUUGCCUUGGACAGAACUUGUGAUGGAAAGAUGGACUGUGCUGAUUCAUCCGAUGAAUCGCCCGGCUAUUGCUUCGUACGUUUCUGUCCAGAAGAUUAUUACUUGUGUGCAAAUCGGCGUUGUAUUCAAGAAUCUGGACGUUGUAAUGGUGUUAACGACUGUGGUGAUCAUUCUGACGAACUCGAUUGCGGCAACUUCAAACCGGGUAGCCGUCCAGGAAGUAGCGGAUCUGGUUCAUCCACUACCACUGUAUGCCCGCCUGGAGCCUUUGCCUGUACAAACGGCCAUUGUAUUAAUCAAAGCCGUGUUUGUGAUGGCCAUAUUGAUUGUCAGGAUGAAAAUGUUUCCGAUGAAAACAGCAAAACCUGUCCUGGAUUACCCAUUGAUUGUCGAGGUGUUCGUAUAAAAUGUCCAAAAACUAACGUCUGCAUUCAGCCCUCCGAUUUGUGCGACGGAUAUGAUGAUUGUGGAGACUUGUCUGAUGAGCAAUCCUUGUUUUGUUUAAAUCAGCCUUGUUCACAGCAUUAUGCCCGUUGUCCGUCUGGUCGAUGCAUUCCGGAAACUUGGGUCUGUGAUGGGGAUAUAGACUGUGCUGAUGGAGGAUGGGACGAAACAUCCACAAACUGUACAGAUACCAAUGGCAAACGUGUUUGUGUUGGCAAAUAUUUAUUCCAAUGUGACAACUCUAAAUGUAUUUCACGUGCUUUUAUCUGUGAUGGCGAAGAUGAUUGUGGUGAUGGAAGUGAUGAAUCUACUGCUCAUAGCUGUGGGAACAGAACUUGUAUGGAGGAUGAAUUUAAUUGUAAAUCCAAUAAACAUUUGGCUCAACCUAAGUACGAGUGUAUUCCAAAGACGUGGUUAUGUGAUGGAGAUGUUACUUGUGUUGGAGGUGAAGACGAAAGUGAGGCUCUCUGUGGUGUGGCCAAGAAAGCUUGUAACAAGGGUGAAUUCCGUUGCUCAAACAAUAAUUGUAUACACGCAUCGUGGGUUUGUGAUGGCGAUAAUGACUGCCUUGAUGGAUCAGAUGAACACGCAAAUUGCACAUAUCAAUCGUGCCAACCAGGGCUGUGGCAGUGCAAAAACCAUAAGUGUAUUCCAAAUUCUUGGCGCUGUGAUGGAAAUUCCGACUGUGAUGACGGUAGCGAUGAAAAACAAUGUUCAACAGAAGAAAUUUCCUCCCACAACAUUACUGGACUUGCGGCAACCUCUUUACUCUCGGGAGCUCUAAAUUGUGGAACUUCUCAGUUUGAAUGCCAAAACGGGCAAUGUAUUGAAAAACAAAAAGUGUGUGAUAACAACUAUGAUUGUUCUGAUCGGUCUGAUGAAAGUCCUAGUUGUUUUGUCAACGAAUGUGAACAAAAAGAACAUCCACUUUGUGAACAAACUUGUGUUGACCAAGUUAUUGGCUACAAAUGCUCUUGUGAAAAUGGAUUCCAAAUAAAUCGAGCGGAUAACAAAUCCUGCUUAGAUAUAGAUGAAUGCUUGGAAGGACUCUCGCUUUGUUCCCACUUUUGUGAAAACAAACAAGGAAGCUACAAAUGCUCUUGCCCUGAAGGGAUGACAUUAAAUCCCAAUGGGUUUACUUGUAAGGCGAAUGAAGAGCCGGAUCCUUACCUGCUUUUGGCAAACAAGCACUAUGUUCGAUUUAUAUCACUAGAUGGUUCUCGCUAUGAGCUUGUAGCUCAAGGAUUUGAAAAUCUUGUUUCAAUGGAUGUUGAUUCAGUUGAUGACAUGGUUUAUUUACUCGACUCUGGAAAAUUGCGCAUCUAUCGCAAAUCACUUCAUAAAUUAAGUGAAGCACCCAGCAGUUAUGAGCAAAUAAUGCGCCAUAAUGUGUUUGGAAUAGAGGGAAUUGCUGUCGAUUGGAUUGGGCGUAAAUUGUACAGUCUGAAUAGGCAAGACCGAGCUUUGCGUGUUUGCGAGUUGGACGGUCGAUUUUGUCGCACACUGAUUCGAGACAGAAUUUCACAGCCAAAGGCAAUUGUUGUACAUCCAAAACGUGGUUAUCUUUACUUCACUGAAUGGUCACUCCAGCCGUACAUUGCUAAAGUCGCUUUGGAUGGUUCAGCGCCAUAUGGAACUGCAGAUCCAGUUAUUAAAAUCGCUGAACGUGAUUUGGGCUGGCCCAAUGCCCUAGCCAUCGAUUAUUAUUCUGACCGUCUUUUCUGGGGAGACGCCCACCUUAACGAACUCAACUGGAUGGACCUUCAGGAUGGCAUUCACCGCCGGCACAGAAUUCCAGCAAAACUCACCUCACAUGUCGCCUCUAUUACUGUCUAUAACGAAUAUUUGUUUUGGAGUGAUUGGAAUUUGAAGCAAGUUAUUCGAGCUGAUAAAUGGACAGCAAAUAAUGAAAGUGUCUUAGUUACUACCUUGCAAUUGCCCAAUGAACUUCGUGUUGUUCACCCAUUAAGACAGCCACGUUGGCCGAAUCCUUGCGGUGAUAACAAUGGAGGCUGUUCACAUCUCUGCCUUAUUGGCGCCGGUGGAAGUAACUUUUCAUGUGCCUGUCCAGACCAGUUUUACUUGCUCUCCAAUGGCCGUGAUUGUGAAGCAAAUUGCACGUCGCGGCAAUUUGCUUGUUCUGGGACAGAUUCCAAAUGCAUCUCAAAGCUGUGGUAUUGUGACGGCGAAAAGGACUGUACCGAUGGAGAUGAUGAGCCUGGACGGGAUGUUUGUGCACUCGGCCAUUCCAAAUGUGUGAUGGACAAGGCAUAUUUUUAUCUAGCUUUAUCUUCAGCAAAAUUUACUUUAUUUACAGAUGAUUGUGGUGAUGGGAGUGAUGAGCGAGAUUGUGAUAAGCCAUGUGAUGAUUGGAUGUUUAAAUGCUCAAAUACUGGAAAAUGUAUUCCCAAAGGUUUUACAUGUGAUGGAGAUGAUGAUUGUGGUGAUAGAAGCGAUGAGGCUGAACACAUUUGCAAGAAUGCCUCGAGAAACUGUACUGCUGAGGAAUUCCGCUGCUCCAAUCAUAAAUGUAUACCAAAAAGUUGGAAAUGUGACAGCGAGGAUGAUUGCGGUGAUGGAAGUGACGAACCAAAGCCUGAAUGUGAUAAAGUAGAAUGCCCCCGAGGCUGGUCUCGUUGUCUAAACUCUUAUCGUUGUGUACCUGAUUGGGCUUUUUGUAAUGGACAGGAUGACUGCAGAGACGGUUCUGAUGAAUUACCUUCUCGCUGUCCGGCGUGUGAAGAACAGGGAGAGUUUAAAUGUGUUGAUUGUGUUGACAACUCAGACGAGAUUGAUGAACAAUGUGGAGGUACCUCACGUCCUUGUUCUGAAUCAGAAUUUCGUUGUAACGAGGGCCGUUGCAUUCCUCACUCAAAAGUAUGUGAUGGAACUAUCCAGUGCAGCGAUGGUUUGGACGAAUCUCAAUGUACACUUAGAAAGUGCGCUGAUGGAUAUCGGAAAUGCGACGAUGGGACAUGUAUUCUUGAGCAUAAAUGGUGUGAUCGAAGGCGUGAUUGUGUAAAUGCUUCUGAUGAGACUCACUGUGAAGAUUAUCCUAAUAGAAGGCAUUGUUCACCUAAUGAAUAUGGUAAAUACUUUAUAAAUUUUUUUGAAUUUUUAAAUUUUUCAGAAUGUGCUAACAGCGUUUGCAUCUCGCGCAAAUUUAUGUGUGAUGGAGAUAACGAUUGUGGUGAUAAUUCGGAUGAAACCAACGAACAAUGUAAAGUUGCGCAAUGUGAUCCACCUCUACGUUUUCGCUGUUCUCAUUCAAAGCUUUGCUUGAACAUUCUUCAACUCUGCAAUGGUUUUAAUGAUUGUGGAGAACAUGAUUACUCAGACGAACAUCUUUCCAUGUGUUCUUCCUUCUCUGAAUAUGGAGAUUGUUCGACCGAUGAAUUCAAAUGCACCAAUGGCAAAUGUAUUAAUGCAACGUUGGCGUGUGACAGGAAGGAUGAUUGUGGUGAUGCUACUGAUGAGAUUGGCUGUAUUAAACAAAACGGGAAAAGUUGCCACUCACAUUCUGAUAAUGGUGGAUGUCGACAUCUUUGUACAGAUGUUCAAGAUGGAUAUUAUUGCCAUUGUCGAGAUGGUUUUACUACAGAUCCUGGAAAUCCUUCUGAUUGUAUUGAUAUUGAUGAAUGCAAAGGAAACAAUACUUGUUCUCAAAUGUGUUUGAAUACAAAGGGUUCAUAUUUGUGUAAAUGUGUCGAUGAUUACACUUCUGGUGUUGUUAUAGGCGCUAUGAAUGGAAAGGAUUGUCGUGCUAAUGGAGAACACCCACUUAUUAUGAUCGCUUCAGAUGACAAAGUUCUUCAGUUAAGCCUGGUCGGUUCUCGUGGACGUGUUAACGCAGCCACUCGUAAAUCUCCAUCAAAUCAACAGAGAAGUAUUGGUGCCGUUGAGUUUGAUCCUAGACGGGAAUUUAUGUUCUGGUUGGAUACAUAUCAACGAAAAUUGUUCCGUUCAGCUCUUCCUAAAGGCAAUCAAUCGCAUGAGGGUCAAGAAUUGUUGGUCAACUUUGGGGAAAACAUUUCACCUCUGAGUAUGGCUGUGGAUUACUUGACAGGAAAUUUAUACAUAACUGCCACUGUUAGCGAUCUUAAAUUGAACGAGAAAUCAGCACUUGCAACGGCAGCUGGUCGACGAAAGAAACGUUUUAGUGAACCUAUCCCUCAACCAUCAUCAGAUGGAAAUGGAGUAAUUUAUGUUACAACAUCGGAUGGCAGAUAUAGACGAACGAUCGUUGCUGGACGUUUGCAAAUACCAACAGCAAUUGUUACUUUGCCAAAAUUGGGACGAAUUUGCUUUGCAGAUGCAGGGUUUGAGGCAAAGAUUCAAUGUGCUGAUAUGGAUGGAAAUAAAAGACAGACAAUCAUUAGUGAUCUCAUUUAUUCACCAACAACUAUGGCUGUUGAUGAAGGACGUGACAACCGAAUUUAUUGGAGCGAUCCCAAAUACCACAAGGUUGACUCUUGCCUUCCAGAUGGUUCACGUAGGCUAACAAUUGCUCGAGAUACAAGGACUCCAUGGGCUAUUGAUGUUUUUGAAAAUCAUCUCUUUUGGACAUCUGGAAAGCCGAUAAAUACAGGGACUUCUGUAUCCAAAGAUUCGCAGAAUUUGUAUAUUCAAGACAAAUUUGGAAGAAGUCGACUCCAACUUGUUGCUAGUGCCAUAGACGAUGUUCACUCAUUAAGGAUACAACAAAGAUUCGCUAGAGAUAUGCUUCGAGCAGAUAGUGCCUGUGCAAAAGUACAAUGUUCACAUCUUUGUGUUGAACUCCCUUCAGAUGGCUUUAGAUGUCUUUGUCCUGAUGGAGUUACUCAAUUUGAGGACGGUACUUGUGGAUCUGCUCGAAUAGAAGAACUGCCGAUUCCAAAGCAAUGUUCUUGCCAGAAUGGUGGUCAUUGCCUAUUGGACGGAACGUGUGAUUGUGGUGAUUUUGAAGGGGAAUUUUGUCAAAAACCAUCUUCGGUUAGUAGGCAGUUGAUCGGCAGAUUUGGAAAUGGUGCAUAUUACGCGUUACUUUUAAUGUUCGCUAUGUUAGUAUGCUUGGCGGUAAUGACUGUUCUCUCAAUUCUAAUUUAUAAACGCAAAAGUGUACUCAACAAGAAGCGUUUGGCUUCUGGUGAAGGGUCAUCAAUUGGCGGUGCCUCGGUAGUUACAUUUCAUGGCAAUGUAAUUUCCUUCUCAAAUCCUGUACUUGAUGCAGAUAGGCAAAUUCAACAACAACAGCGUGACAAUUCACUCGUUGAGGAGCUACAUUCAUCACCCUUAAAAUUACCGCAAAGUAGAGAAAUGUCUGAUAUAAUGACCACAACAUUUACAAAUCCUGUCUACGAACAUGCUGAAACAUUAGAUUCAUUUGACGAUGAUAACAGCAGCAGAAGAACGAAAUUCGAAAAUGUUGAUACGGGCAAAAUAAAUCCGGUGUUCGAGGAAAAAGACAAGAACAAACACUGA